CCGGAGAAUUCGAUCGAUAUUUUAUUUCUUAAAGUAAAGGUUCCGGCUUAGAAUGUAGUGAUGAUAGAUGCUACCUUUACAAGUUUUCAUUGGCUGCUUGAUAUCGCUUGAGAUAUCUAAGAACCAUUGAUCUUGCAUCCGAUGGGUACUACAUAGCCGAAUAAGCAUAUGUUACUGAUCUACUUCGGCUCUAACUGAUAAACUAAUAUGAAAUUAGUGGAAUAAAAAUAAAUGGAAUGAUACAAAUGAAUUACAGUAAAAACAUAGAGUGAAAUUCAUUUCGUUAAUUCGUGAACCAAUUUGUUAUGUAAUAGUUAUUUUUGUAUUUUGUCUAAUUAUUUUUGGAAUUGGUGGAAUGACUAUUCUAUUUUAUUCAUAGUAAAUGGUAAAAAAAUAUAAAUGAAUGGAAUCAACCAUUCCACAUCAUUGCAUUCCAAAAAAUUGUAAAUCCAGUUACAUCAUUCAUGCCUACCAUGAUUGUGUCGUAUUGAUAUAUUAAAAUAAGGAAUUGGUAAAAUUAAAAUAAAUGGAAUGAUAAGAAUGAAAUACAUAAAAAAAUGGAAUGAAAUUAAUUCUAUUCAUUCAUAACCAAAUUUGUUAUGGGAUCAUUCAUCUUUGCAUUUUACUAUUUUAUUGUGGAAUUGAUAGAAUGAGUAUUCCAUUACAUUCAUGUCAGAUGGUGAUUUUUUUUUUGGAAUUAAUGAAAUAAGUCAUUCCAUUCCAAAAAUUAGGUUUGGGCAUUCGGGUCCUCGGAUCGGGUUCGGGUCAGAUUUUGUCGUGUCCGGAUUCUUUGGGUCUUAGGUAUUUAGACCCAAUAGGUGAUUAGAAUUUGCCGAUGCAAGUUUGGUUCGGGUCAUAUCGGGUCCAGGCCGGUUCUGGUCUUAGAUAGUUGGAUCCAAUAGGUAAUAAUUUUUCGGUUCGGGUUCAGUUCAGGUCCAGUCUAAAAAAUAUCAAAAACACAAAAAAAUGCCUGAAAAUAUUUAAAUACCCGAAAAAUAUCUGAAAUUUUACCUAAAAUCUGACCCGAAGACAUGAUAAUACCCAAAAUUUUAAAUGAUUAUCCGAAUUAUAUUUUUUAAAAUAUAAAAGUUUACCCGAAACCCAGAACCAUACCCGAAAACCAAAAUCUAAAUCUUAAAAAAUACCCAUAAUCUAAAAAUAUACUGAAACGCCCAUAUAUAUCUAAUAUAUACUAGAAGUUUUGAGUAUUCUGGGUACUCAUCGGGUUUCGAGUUUCGGGUUCGGUUCGGGUCAGGUCCAAGACCCGCAGAUCCUCCACAACAAGACCCAAUAAGAUAACAAAUAUCAGUUUGGUUCCUACCCGACUCGGGAUUUUUCCGGGUCGGUUUUAGGUUAGAUUUUCGGGUCCGGAUAAAAUGCCCAAGCCUACCGAAAAUCAACAAUCCAGUUGCAGUCUCAGAUCUCAUGUUUUUCAAAAUCAGACUUAUAGCUUUUUCAAGUAUCACUAAAAACUAACUCAGAAGAUCUAGCAAUAAAUUUCCCUAAUCUAAAUAUGCUGAUUCUCUAGCACUCGGUUUCAUAAUGUAAAAUUGUAAAUAUAUAAUAAUCUAAAUGUUAAAAAUCAUAAUACACUAAAAGUAUAAAACUCAUCAUGUUUAAAACAUGGUGAAGAGCUACAGGGACGCAAAUACUUUUUUUUUCGGUCGAGCCAAUCAUUCUCUAUUGUGUGUAUGAGUUCGAAAUUAGAUAUGCUUCUUUAAGAUUAUUCAUUGUUACCAAGCGGGCAUGAGUUUUGGUGCUUUUAGCAUUUUGCUGGAUCUUAUAUUUUAAAUGAUUCCAAGUGGCAAUCAUUUCACUCCUUUGAUCGUCUCUCUUUCUCCUAGUGUUGGAGAUUUGAAGGCUUAAAUUAUUGUCUUGAAGGACCAAAUGUUAAGAGACACAUAGAUGAUGGAAUGUUAACUACUUCCGAUGAUGGAAACUUUAACUACUUCCACUGACAUUAAACCCAAAUUAAAUUAAAGGCCCUUAGUUAAAUUAAACCAAAGUUUAGCAAUUUCUUCUUUUCAAACGAAUGAAAGGGAGAAAACAAAACGUAAUUUUGUCAAAAAUUUAGCAGUUGGUUAUACUUUGCUUGCAUGAGAAAUAUUCUCUUUAUGUUUUUGAAUAUUGUAAUUUGUUUCCGUACAUUGUUGAUUUCCCUUAGUUCUAAUUUGUUGACCAACAUCUAUGAAUUAGGAAGCACUUUACUUCAAAAUAUUGCACUAAAAGAAACACACAAUUUGACUUUUUAUAUUCACAUCAAAAAUUAACAAACUGUAAUCAUGGAUGUAUAUAGGCCUAUAAACAACACGUUUCACCAAAUCUAAACUUGCAGAAUGUCUAUAAACUUUACUUUUGCUCUGUACUAAUAAAACAAACUUUCCAUCUGUCUUAUGUUUCAGAGCUUCUAUUUUGCCUAUGGCCUGCAUGGUUGGACCAGCUUUGAUUCAUACGUCACUCAUUCCGUUGGAGGUUUCAUAUAUUUCAAGAUCAACAAUAUUUAUGUUCUUCUAUUCAAGACUGCUGUAGAAUCUUUAGAUCACUAAUGAGAAAAAUGAUCCACAAAAGUAUAAAGAGCAUCUUCAAUUAGCCCCCCUUCCUUUCGAAUUGCUCUGUCCUUGUCCUGUAUUCACACCCUAUAUUUCAAUGUGUUUAUAUCUGUAUUAGACAAAAUCUUCAAUUAGCCCCCCCACCCUCCCUUUUUUACGUGUAUUAAUUUGUGUUUUUUUUAAACAUAAAAGACCGUAUAUUAAUUAUUUUACUUCCCAAUAAUUUUGGCUUUACAUUUCAUUUCGGGAAAAAUGAAAAAAGAAAACAAUGUGGAAAAUAUUGAAUGGCGCAUUGAAUAAGGAAGAUUAUAUGCGUCGGCUUUGUGGAAGUUGCAAGUUGCAACAUCCCUCGCGUUCCAAGUCAACCUCGUAUUCCACGCAAAUCGUAUCUUAAUCAUAUGGCUAUCUCAUCUAGUUUAUUAUCUAUACUAGUAUAUGUCAAAUUGUCAACGUUUCUUCUCUUCUGUCUCAAAUUUAUAACAUUCCCACUCUUUCAUUAUAACGGCAUUUUUAUGGUUAUGUAAGUAUGUACUAUGAUUUAAGUUUAGACUUUUUAAAAAAUACUGGGUCGAGCCCAUUUCAAACCUUAGUCUCUUUAGACUUUUUUUUUUUGUUGGAAUUCAAAAAUAUAGGAACAAAGUGAUACAUAUUUGUUUAACUUAAUAUAAUUUCAAUAAUUCGCUAAAAAACCAUGUUUGACCAUAUUACGGAAUAACAUUUUGAAGUUAAACAGUUUAAAUCAAUAUGUAUUUGAAUUCGAAUUAGUUUUCUGAUUGUUUAAGUUACAUAAUAUGAUGAUUGGUUGUACCGAGUUGAAUCCGGCACAUUACUCCAAGUAUACGAAUACAUGCAUUAUAUACAUUUAAUCAUAUAUAGCGUAUGUUUGAGUUGAACCGGCGGUUCAAUGAUAUGAUGACCAACAUAAGUUCUUGAAAAUUGCUAUAAACAACUAGUAUAUCUAGACGUAACUCUUGGUUUAACUUGUCAUGGAUAGGGCAAUACGGAAAAAUCUUUACGUAUAUCCUAAAAAGCCUAAAUUACUGGGAAUCGCUCGUCAAUCACGGGCCGUACAACCCGACCCGAUCAACCGUAUCUACCCAACAUGGUCCACCUUCGUCCAAUCAAUGAAAUCCACGUAGGAACUAUCCAUUGUCACUUGUCUCGUGGAAUCCCAAAUGACUCUUUUCUUUUCUCGAGUAUAAAAGAGCCUACGCACAAAGAGUCUUUCACAUCUCUCCCGCUAUAUCUCACAAAUACAAAAAAAAAGAAGAACAGAACCAAACUCAAGACUUAUAGAAAAUGGCGGGAAAAUCGUUAACUUUGUCGGGACUCGCUCCGGCGGCGGCGAUUAUUCUCGCUUUGCUUCUACUUUCACCGGAGAUCUGCACAGGACAUGACUAUCGCGACGCUCUCAAGAAGAGCAUCCUCUUCUUCGAAGGUCAGCGCUCCGGCAAGCUGCCACCAGAUCAACGCCUUAAAUGGCGCCGUGACUCCGGAUUACGCGACGGUUCCUCCGCCGGCGUGGAUUUGACCGGAGGCUACUACGACGCCGGAGACAACGUGAAGUUCGGUUUCCCGAUGGCCUUCACGACGACCAUGAUGUCAUGGAGCGUCAUAGACUUCGGGAAAACGAUGGGACCGGAGUUAGAAAACGCCGUGAAAGCGAUCAAAUGGGGAACGGACUACCUCCUCAAAGCGACUGCCAUUCCCAGCGUCGUGUUCGUACAAGUCGGAGACGCUUACUCCGACCACAACUGCUGGGAACGUCCUGAGGACAUGGACACGCUACGAACGGUUUACAAAGUCGACAAGGAUCAUCCUGGUUCUGAAGUGGCCGGCGAGACUGCAGCCGCUUUAGCCGCCGCGUCGAUCGUGUUUGCAAAACGCGAUCCAGCAUACUCAAAACGCCUGCUGGACCGUGCAGCAAGGGUGUUUGCGUUCGCUAAUAAGUACAGAGGAGCGUACAGUGAUAGUCUUCGCCAAGCAGUAUGUCCUUUUUACUGCAAUUUCAACGGUUACGAGGAUGAGUUGCUCUGGGGAGCGGCAUGGCUACACAAAGCUUCGAAGAAACGAGUAUAUAGAUUGUAUAUUGUGAAGAACAAAGAGAUUCUUAGAGCUGGAGAUACUAUUCACGAGUUUGGUUGGGAUAACAAACAUGCUGGGAUUAAUGUCUUAAUCUCCAAAAUGGUCUUAAUGGGAAAAGCAGAUUAUUUUCAGAGCUUUAAGCAAAACGCUGACGAGUUUAUCUGUUCUUUAUUGCCUGGGAUUUCUCACCCUCAAGUGGAAUACUCACUAGGAGGAUUACUAGUGAAAAGUGGAGGGAGUAACAUGCAGCAUGUAACAUCUUUGUCAUUUCUAUUAUUAACAUAUUCUAAUUACCUAAGUCACGCCAAGAAGGUGGUGCCUUGUGGCCAAUUCACAGCUUCUCCAGCUCUUCUCCGUCAAGUAGCCAAGCGACAGGUGGACUACAUACUAGGAGAUAAUCCAAUGAAAAUGUCGUACAUGGUUGGGUAUGGUUCGAGGUUUCCACAGAGGAUUCACCAUCGUGGAAGCUCGGUUCCUUCGGUCGUGGAUCAUCCUGCUCGCAUAGGCUGCAAAGAAGGAUCUCGUUAUUUCCUCAGCCCGAACCCUAACCCUAACUUGUUAAUUGGCGCUGUCGUUGGUGGGCCUAAUGUCACUGACGAUUUUCCUGAUUCAAGGCCGUACUUUCAGCUGACUGAGCCCACGACUUACAUCAACGCACCUCUACUGGGCCUUCUUAGUUACUUUUCGGCCCAUGCUUAAUAUUCCCAAAGCAUAAUGAUGAAUAGUAGUCUGCUUGUCAAGAUUUGUCUAGAGGUGUGUUGAUAACUCGUCACCACCCUAAACUACCAGAUGUUGAAUGUUUAUUAGUUUUCUACACCAAGAGAAUUCAGCCGAUAGGGGAAUUACUCGCAAAACAUUGUUUUUACUAUACAUGUUUAUGUAGCACACCAAUGAUCAAUUGUAAUUUGGAAUUAAAUAGUAGCUGAAAUGCCUUGCUU